AUGGAUCGCAUCCUCAUUGACGAUGAGCUCAGGGAUGAGAUUCGAUCAAUUACUCAGUUCGCCUUUGACGCAUUCUUGUUCUUCGAGCACAUGGUUUCACCUUAUGAAGUAGAAAAUGAGCCAUCGCCAUAUCUGGUGGCAAUCCGCAGUUUGACAUUAAGUUUUCUCGUGAUGAUCUAUAACCGAACAUUUUCUGGAUAUAUCGAGCCAGUAAUGAAUUCAGAAAGACUUGAAGAAAUUCGUCAUUCCUACGAGCUAUAUCGCGAACAAAUCAGCUAUUUUGCGGAUUUGGCUCUGUGGGAGAUUCCACUCGAUUUCUAA